UCGCUUUCUUGUACUUUUUCUUUGGAAUAAAACUGGAAUGAAAAAGAUGAAGUAAAUGUGUUGCCACUACAGUUACGAUAUUCAAUACGAUCUACAGCCGUCAAUUAUUGCACAAUAUUAGUGCACAGCUGAUUAGUUGCUCACGCUCUAGCAGCUGGAAUUGAGAAGUUUCCGUCUAAUUUUACUAAAAGUGAAUUUUUGUUAAUAUUCGCAAUAUUUACGAUUUAAAAUGGACGAAAGUGAUAGUUGUGAAGAUGAUAAUACGUUCUAUUUUGAAAGUGAUCAUCUAGCUUUACGUGGUAAUGCCGAUUACACAAAUAUGCUGCGCACUAUAGCCGUGCUGGAGGUGCAAAGAAUGCGCGUGCACAAACAGUUAGAGGAGUUGGAAUUGGCGAGACAACGUUAUUUAAAUGAUCCAGAGUUACUGCUGCAAAAACUGCGGAAUAAUGAAGAAAUUAUAGCGCCAAAUUAUAUGACCAUUGAAAAGUUGCCCGAAAUUACCACCAAUUUGGACUUGCUACCGCCUGUAGACAUCAAAAUCAAAGAAGAGUCUGAUCCUGAUACAAAACCCGCAACAGUGCGUGGGCGCGUUGUAGACGAGUCUAAGCCCGAGACAUUUAAUCAGUUGUGGUCGUGCGAAGAGCAACGUCGCCUAGAAGAAUUGCUCAUCGAAUAUCCGGCUGAAGCGAUUGAAAGUCGUCGUUAUGUAAAAAUUGCCAAAGCUUUGGGCAAUCGUACACCACAACAGGUGUGUAGUCGUGUGCAAAAGUAUUUUCAAAAAUUACACGAUGCUGGUUUGCCCAUACCCGGACGUCGGCCAAAAAAUCGGCGCGGUGGACAAUCGAAAGCGAAGCAUUUCUUUCGGCCGACCACUUUCUUCCCAGCCUUUAAUGUGCCUGUACAUAUGCCGGAAGAUGACUUUUUAAUGGGUGAUUUACCAACGUCAAGUUCGCCAUUGCCAACAGACGCGCGUAAAGUCUUAACGGAAACGCCACUAGAAGAUGCCAUUGCGAACGGUAUUGAGGUGCAAAACGAUGACGACCGUGAACGUAUAAUAAAAAUAUUGACAAUGAUAAAGGAUGAAAAGUUGAAAACACCUGAAGGAUAUAAUCCAGAUCCAUUGGCGGCCAUGUGUGAAACAUGUCGCGUUACCGCCAUUUCACGUUUACGUUUUCGUUGCAAUACCUGUUAUAUAUAUUUGAAUCAAUGUUCCGAUUGUAUUGUGACCCAAUUGUUGGCGCACAACUUCGAGCAUCUGUCACACGAUGUGGUGACCGAGAGUGAUUUGUAGCAGUCACAAAAUUGAGGUGACCGCCCGUACGCCUGUGUUUAAUGUUUAAGCAAUAACCAUUUUCACCAAAAUCACACAUAUAGUUUUUUAUUAAAUUUAUAUUUUCAUUUAAUCGUUAUUUAAAUUCGGUUCUAAGUUCAUUAAACGCUGCAAAAAUAUUAAAAUUUCGAUGGUUUCGGUUAAAGAACUAAUUUGAAGAAUAAUAUAGUUACUUGUAAGCAUUCAUGCAGACACCGUGUGUGCAAAGGUGAGGUUUUAAUACCAUUAUUUUUGAUUAAAAUAAAAUGUAUUUCAUUAGUGUCACAUGUUACAUCAUCAGCAUCAUUAAAUCCAACUACAGUUUAUUUUCUUA